UCCCCUGCUGCGUGACGCACGGGAGCCCUUCAGUCCGCCUCGGCUCGCGCUCAGCCCGGAUCCGUCCAGAGCAACAUGCAGGAUGGCGAGUGUGGAGACAGCCGCCGAACACGAACGCAUCCUGCGGGAGAUCGAGAGCACCGACACCAACUGCAUCGGACCGACCCUCCGGUCGGUGUAUGACGGCCAGGAGCAUGGCCCUCUUCAUGGAGAACCUCGACGUGCGGAUCAGGAACCACGACCGCGAGAUCGAGAAGAUGUGCAACCACCACUUCCAGGGCUUCGUGGACUCCAUCACGGAGCUGCUCAAGUCCGAGGGGAGGCGCAGAAGCUGAAGAGUCAGGUGACCGAGACCAACCAGCGUCUUCAGGAUGACGGCAAAGAGCUCAUGGGCUCCAUGGAGGAGCUGCAGAAGUGUCGCUUGCAGCAGAGGAACAUCGCCUCCACCAUAGACAAGCUGUCGCACUGCUUACCAGUCCUGGAGAUGUACAGCAGGCUUCAGGAGCAGAUGAGUGCCAAAGGUCAGUUUCCGAUUCUGUUGUCUGGGUUAAAUCUCUGCCCUUGCCCCAAUUUGACAUGA